AUGGCUUCAUCAUCAUCAACAUCAUCAUCAUCAAGCUUCAAACCCUACACACUCUCACAAACCCUAACCUCUCACCAACAUUCAAUCACCACCGUCAAAUUCUCCUCCAACGGCCGUCUUCUUGCCUCUUCCUCCUUCGACGGAACCAUCCGCACCUACGCCUUCACCAACUCCGACUCCGAUUCCAACACGCUAACCCUAUCUCCCAUGCAACAAUACGAAGGUCAUUUGAGCGUCGUUUCCGACUUUGCUCUCUCUCCCGACUCUAGUCUCCUCGUCUCCACCUCCCCCGACAAAACCGUCCGUCUAUGGGACGUUCCCACGGGGUCGCUAAUCCAGACUUUUGAAGGCCAUGAUACCUUCUUCUUCUGCGUUAAUUUCCAUCCUCAUUCGAAUAUCAUCGCUGCGGGAUCGUAUGAUGAGACUAUUAGGAUGUGGGAUGUUAGGUCUGGGGAAUGUCUUAAUGAUAUUCCUGCCCAUUCUGAACCUCUUAGUGCGAUUGAUUUUAAUGGCGAUGGGACUGUCAUGGUUUCUGGUAGCUAUGAUGGCUUUUGCAGGCUUUGGGAUGUUUCUACUGGUCACUGUAUGAAGACUCUCAUUUAUGAUGUGGAAGAGGAUGCUCCUGUUACAUUUGUCAAGUUUUCACCCAAUUCAAAGAUGGUUCUUGUUGCUACCGAGAAUAACACUUUGAGGCUUUGGAACCAUUCUAUUGGGAAGGUUGUGAAAUCUUACCGUGGUCAUGUUAAUAAAAAAUACAGUAUUUCGUCCUCAUUUUCUACCACUAAUGGGAAGUAUGUUGUUAGUGGUUCAGAAGAUAGCCGUGUAUACUUGUGGGAUCUGCAGUCGAGGAAAAUUGUACAGAAGAUGGAAGGUCAUACAGAUAUAGUCAAAGCUGUCUCGUGUCACCCGACGGAGAACAUGAUUGCUUCGGGAGCUCGCGGCAAUGAUACGACUAUCAAGAUAUGGACUCAACAGAAAGACUGA